AUGAAAACGAAGACCCAGACCCACGGCUUGUUUGGAGUACUUCAGAGUGCAUUGAGAGACGUUCAGGUGGAAAUGCAGUGCCGUUACUGCAAGUUCUCCGCACAGCAUCAAGACAAUUUGGACAGUCACACCAGAGGCUUGCUGAAAAUGUACAGAGCCAAAGCAAAUCAGGGAAAAGGUCGAGAAAUGGAAGCACUUUUGGAGAAUCUGGAUUGUCAGACCACCAACUUGACAGCACAUAGAAGAUGUACUGUUCUCCGAGGUCUUCCAUUAUACAUGAGGGAGGAGCCUUCCAUUUCGAAAACCUUACUGGAUACAGAGGCAUUGGAGGACCACACGAAGAAUGUGAAGAUUGGAAUUUUUGAAGUGGUGAAGGGGAGUGCUGAGCCAUCGCGAUCACAUACAAGUGUGGUCAAUGUUGCAGUCGUCCUUGAAGAGGAGGUAGUAAUGGCUAACUUGCCUGACUACACUAAUGCCUUCAUUCUUCUCUUUGGUCUUUUGUAUGCACUGAACAUAGAAUAUACAAAAGACUUAAAAUACACUUUUGAAGUGGUCCAAAAAGUGUUCCUCCACCUUGGAAAUGAGUGCACAGCCAGAGUGCAGUCUCUCAAGAACAAGUUAUCGCACAUUUAAUCAAUACAUGCAUACGUGUUUUUUUGUUUGUUUGUUUUGUUUUUUAAUGGUGGUGAUGCGACACACAGCCGCAGUGCUUUUAUUUUAUGUUGUUCAUGUGCACCUCUGCUUGUUUUGCUACUCAUUUAAAGGGACACUAUGUAGGGUUUUCUUGAUUAUUCAUACUUUUUAAAGAAGUAAAUUUACAACUUCAAAAUGACUGUUCCACUCCAUUGAGGUGUAAUACACAUAAUAAUAUUCCUCUCAUGUCUGAUCUGGGCUCCACUGUGUUGAAACAAGGCUAUGUAAGUUGUGAGAGCCCCACCAAUGCUCACAUAGCCUUGUAUCAACACAGUGGAGCCCAGAUCAGCAUGAGAGUGAUUUUUUU